AUGUGUCGAAGAAUAUCCGAAUUAAUGCCAGUGAUAAUCCACGCCGCUCAAUCGACAGUUUCAACAUGCCAAAAAGCAUUUGCGGACCGAAGGUGGAAUUGCUCAUCGAUUUUAUUGGCACCAAAUCUUAAGGCUGAUUUGACCAACGGAACGAAAGAACAAGCAUAUGUCUAUGCUCUUGCAUCAGCUGCAGUCACACACCAUGUUGCUAAAGCUUGCGUAUCCGGUGAUUUACCUUACUGCCCAUGCGGACUUAAUUCGCCAACUUUAUCUGCUGAUAUUUCUUAUAAAUGGAAAGGAUGUAGCGAUAAUGUAUUAUAUGGUCAAAGAGUUAGCAGAGAAUGGGCCGACGCUCCUUGGAGGAAAAAACCUAAGGACAGAAGAAAUAAUACAUCCGUUAGACGCUUUUAUAGGGUUUGA